AUGGGUUCUUGUUGUGUUCGUGAAAAAGAACAAAAUCCUUCUACUCAGAACAUGCCUCAUAACAUUUAGGUUGUUAGGAUGCAGAGGAGGGAACUGCUCAUUAACCACUAAUAGUCAAAGAGCAUCAACAAGUUACAGCAGACUAAUACUGGCAGUAAUUCAAAUAAUAACGAACACACAGAUUUUGAAACAAAUAACUCUACAAACUUUUCGCCAGAUGCGGCAUCAAAAGCCAAGACACAAGCAAACAACACUCAGCUAUUUCAGCCACAAACUAAUGAAAAACAUGAAUAAGACUUUGUCGAAGAUCAAGAAGAAUUCGUUUUCAAUAGUGAUUUGCACUAAUAAGGCUAAAGAGAAGAGCAAGAUAAACAAAGUGGAUAAAAUGUACCUGGAUUAAAUCUCUAGACUCUGUCUUCAAAAAACAUAAUAAAUUCAGAUUGUAACCUAGAAAAUGAAGAGGGAGAGUAAAAUUUACAAAACGAGAGAGAGUUUACUGAAAUAAGAGAAGAAGAACAUGAGGAUAGUUUUUCUAAACAACUCACAGAGCAGUUGAGGGCUAAUUUAAUUCAAAAAAACUAAUAUAUGGGUAGUAGUCAUAAGGCAAGUGUUGAUAGCGAUUUUCCUAUUCAAUCAAAUGAUAUUAGCAGUAUUUCUGGAUUUUCAUAAAGAUAAACCUACCCUAUUAAAUCAACUAAUUUUUCAAGGAUUUAGUUUGCAGAAAAGCAACAAUCUCCCUACUAAAGUCAAUAAAGCUCUUAUACAAAUUUAAAUGGAGCCCAACUCAAUAAAUCUGAGAAGCUGAUUUAAGGAAAAUCUAGAAAUGUAUCUCCUUCUUAAAGCAACUAGGACCUAAUUACCUAAAAAUAAGAAGUAUUUAAUUUUUAAAAAUCUGAUGACCUUCAAAAACUCUAACAAGAAGCUUGGGCUAUUAAAGAAGAAUAGCUUAAGACAGAGUUGAAAAGGCAAGAAACCUAUAAGAUGGAAGAAGAACUUAAAAAAAUGGAAAAAAGAAAAAUGAUGAAGUAAUUUACUUAAUCCAUUAUUGGAGGUACUCCUUAUUACAGAAAUAGUGCAAAUAACACUCCUAUGAAUUUCUAAACCACUUAGGGAUUAGGUUCUGUUUCUUCCUCAACAAGAUCACCUACAUCCUCAGAUCAUUAAGUAAAACCCAUGCGUACUUAUUCUACUCACUUCACACAACACUCCUAAAGUCUCAGAUCUAGCUAUGUUAAUGGUGCUAUGCCUGGAAGUAUAAACAUUCCCACAAGUAUUUUUGAGAAUUUUAAAGUAAAGCACUCAAAAGAAGGCUCUGAUGAUAAUGAUAACGAUGAUAACAUCAGUGAUAAUAGCUAAAAAAUUGAAUGA